CGAUUUGGAGGAUGUCUGGCCCCGGUGGGUCCUUGCAUAGUCGAUCGUGCGGCAUCCACAGUAAGUUCAUGCCCCGUUGACCAUUCUACAUGCAUGACGUGUUGAUACGAGGCUUGCUUUGCUGAAACGAUCGCCACUCCUUUUGUCUGGCCUUUCCUGCUACCUUUGUUCCUCCAACACCCGGCUCGCAGUAUAAAUACCCCGCCUCUACUGUUCCCAUCUGCAGACUUCUCAACUCUCAGACACACUCCUCAUUCCGCCACCCGCUAUGCUGUCCUACUCGCCAGUCCAUCGCUACUCGGGCCCGCCCCCGACCUCCUCGUUACGCGUGCAGCGUUGUCCGCAAGCGUCAUCAUCCCUCCUAACCACCUUUGUUGGCAAUUUUAGAGAGACUUCUGAAGCCACAUCUGACGACGUUAGACAACUAUCGAGUUUAACAAGUCGUGCAUUCGCCUGCGCAGCCCUCGUCAUGCCCCCGUAUACGAUGACAGCGAAGCGAGUGAGGGGCGGCUUUGGCCAUGGCGUGGAUCCCGCCUAUCCCGUAAGCUGGUCUGUGAGCGUAGACCCUCAAAAUACGCGUCGCGCUGCCUUGAAGAACCACGGCGACAAGGCCAUUCAGACAUUCCCCUCCUCGUACCACCCCGUCUUGCAGCUGCUAUGCAAGCACAUCACCUUCCACACGUCUUCCGCUUCCGCGAUCAAGACCUUCCUCGGAAAGUGGAAGUUCCCUAUUCUGCUAAAGGGAACGGAACACAACGAUCUAGAAGACCCCUCAGUGUACUUCGGCGGCGCGGUCAACCUCACGACCUUUCUCAUCAACGUCCGACAUGCAGCGAUGCGGUGGCAGGCGCAGUACGACAAGGACCCUGACGCAGAUGACGACCUCAGGAACUUUAAUCCAUACCUCCAUGCGUGGGUGUCGCGCUGUACCGAUGGAUUCCGAUUCCGAAUGGGUGCGACGUACCGACGGAUAGGGCACUCACUCGACUGGUGCGUCUUGCGCGGGAGAGUCCUCUGGCGCGGAGCGCAGUGGUCGUGCGGCUGUCCCUGUCCUUCGUUUCAGGCCGGCAUACCAUCGCGUCGCUCGACCGCUGUCGACCUUCCGUUCCACGGCAUAGCUCGCAAUCCCUCGGGAGCGCCUUAUCCACGUUGCUCUCUAUUCCUGCGUCAGGUGCGAUCAUCAUCUCGCAUGGGCGCACUAGGUGCAUCUUCACCCGCUCGGACAGGCUCUGUGAGUGCGUAUACAGUCGGCGAGGGGCGGAUUGUGUUGUGCCAUCGUCACGGUGGCACAGACUGGCUGAUGAUUUGAUUCAACUUGGGUUAUCCACAAAUGUGAUUCACGAGACGUGUUGCGUUUCUACUCCCCGU